AUGGCGGGCUGCGUAGCCCGGCGGGCCGUGGCCGUGGCCGUGGGCGGCCGCUGCUGCUGCUGGUGGUCCCGGCCGCUGGCGGGGGCCCGGGCGCUGCGGCCACUCGCGACCUUUCCCCCCGCGCCCCCGGCCGCGGCCGCGGCGCGGAGACACCUCUCGUCCCGAAACCGACCAGAGGGCAAAGUGUUGGAAACAGUCGGCGUAUUUGAGGUGCCAAAGCAGAAUGGGAAAUAUGAGACGGGCCAGCUCUUUCUUCACAGCGUAUUUGGGUACCGAGGGGUCGUCCUGUUUCCCUGGCAGGCCAGGUUGUACGACCGUGAUGUGGCUUCUGCCGCCCCAGAAAAAGCAGAGAACCCAGCUGGCCACGGCUCUAAGGAGGUGAAAGGCAAAACCCACACGUACUACCAGGUGCUGAUUGAUGCCCGGGACUGCCCACACAUAUCUCAGAGAUCUCAGACGGAAGCUGUGACGUUCUUGGCCAACCACGAUGACAGUCGAGCCCUUUAUGCCAUACCAGGACUGGACUAUGUCAGCCAUGAAGACAUCCUCCCCUACACAUCCACCGACCAGGUCCCUAUCCAGCAUGAGCUGUUUGAAAGGUUUCUCCUCUACGAGCAGUCCAAAGUUCCGCCCUUUGUGGCCCGGGAGACCCUUCGAGCUUGGCAGGAGAAGAAUCACCCCUGGCUAGAGCUGUCAGACGUCCAUCGGGAAACCACCGAGAACAUCCGUGUCACUGUCAUCCCCUUCUACAUGGGCAUGAGGGAGGCCCAGAAUUCCCACGUCUACUGGUGGCGCUACUGCAUCCGUUUGGAAAACCUGGACAGUGAUGUUGUACAGCUUCGGGAACGUCACUGGAGAAUAUUCAGCUUGUCGGGCACAUUGGAGACAGUGCGAGGCCGAGGGGUUGUGGGCAGGGAGCCUGUCUUAUCCAAGGAGCAGCCGGCUUUCCAGUACAGUAGCCACGUCUCUCUGCAGGCCUCCAGCGGGCACAUGUGGGGCACGUUCCGCUUUGAGAGGCCUGAUGGCUCUCACUUUGAUGUCCGAAUUCCCCCCUUCUCUCUGGAGAGCAAUAAGGAUGAGAAAACACCCCCUUCUGGCCUUCACUGGUAGGGCAGCUCAGGAUCCAUGUCCAGCCUCGGCCGACCUGAAGUGAUUUCCAUCUCACGAUGGCUGCAGAACAUUGGGCUCUUCCUUCACUUCUCAUGGGUCACCAUGGGUUUGGCGUCUCUUAUAGUUUGUUCCAUUUGGUUGUGGUUUUUUUUUUUUGGGUUGUGUAACUAUUUUCUCUAAAGACCCACAUUGGGCUCCUCCAAAACCAGCCUUCCCUGCUCUGCUCGCACUAUGUUCCGGUAAACCUUCCCAAGCAGAAACCCAACCUGUUUGGCUGCUACAGGAAAUAGGAGGGAAUUCCCUUGCCCAUUCUAUGAGUUGCUUCGGAGUGUGAGAUUUGGUCAAUAAAUCAGUGCACGCCUGGCCACCCUC